GGCGGAAGUGACGUGACGCGGGCGCCUUGGCAACGGCGGCGAGGAAGACGGCGGCGGGAUGAACGCGCCUCCGGCCUUCGAGUCCUUCCUCCUGUUUGAGGGCGAGAAGAAGAUCGCCAUCAACAAGGACACGAAGGUGCCCAACGCCUGUCUGUUCACCAUCAACAAGGAGGACCACACGCUGGGGAACAUCAUCAAGUCGCAGUUACUGAAAGACCCCCAGGUGUUAUUUGCAGGGUAUAAGGUCCCACACCCACUGGAACACAAAAUCAUCAUCCGUGUCCAAACGACCCCCGAUUACAGCCCUCAGGAAGCUUUCACCAACGCCAUCACGGAUCUGAUCAGUGAGCUUUCCCUCCUGGAGGAGAGGUUCAGGGUUGCUAUUAAAGACAAACAAGAAGGAAUCGAGUAAAAGGGUGCCCCUCAGCAUGGCCUGUACUUCUGAGGCAGAACAAUGAUCAAAAGCUGUAUUUAAACCUCCAUCUCUGGCCAAUAUUUUCUCCUUGCUCCACUUAUUUUUGACAGCAGCAGCGACAUUCAAGUUUGUUUGGGUUUUUUAUACUAAAUAGGCAUUUUUUUCCAAGAGGAGAAAUGUCGUGUUUGGUUUGAUGGAUAAGUCAUUAAAACCAAGAUCUGCUUUAUUAAUCAGAGCCUUAAAGAAAAUAUUUGUUGGCAAGUUUAGUGUGAGUUUACUUGUAGAAGGAGAAGCUGCUGGGUGACCAAGAAGUCCAGGCACUGCCACCAACUGAACUGGUAUUUUGUUUUAUUAAGUGUCAUUUCUAUAAAACAAAUGCACAAAUUGUGAAAACAGUGAAAGAAACAGGAUGUUUACAAUGACCUGACGAGUUUAACAAAGUCUUACCUCUU